AUGCUCAAAGACAGCAAAGGGAAAUUCAUAUAUGCUGGCGAAUCGGCCUCUCUCUCCUUCAUGGAGACAGUCAAGCACGCCGUGCAGAUCGCGGUCGGGCCAUGUGCCUUUACGAACGAUCCCGGCCGAAGCUCAAUGGUCGAGAAUAGCCCCAAGAUCCGCUUCGACACGGCCAAGAAGCCAUCACUGGACAUCUGCACCGCGCAAAGUCUUGCAAGCCAGUUCUUCCUUGCCGUGAGCGGGGCGAUGGAUCUUUUCGACCCUCCGUGGCUCAAAGACCAGGUGCAAGCCCAUAUAGAGCAGCCAGGUGAGACCCCCAAGUCCACAUGUGCCAUCAUCUACCUGGCUCUUGGAAUUGGGGCGCAGGGCAGGGCGCAGGGCGAAGUGGACGAUGAGCUGGCUGAGGAGUGCUUCGCGUAUGGUCGCCAACUCACAAUGUUCCACCUGUUGGACGAUCCUGGCCUGCCUACCAUCCAGGCCAUCUUACAGAUGACAUAUUUCAUGAUUGCUUCAUGCCAAUACAACGCUGCCUUUAUCAACUUGGGAAUAGCCGUCCGAGCAGCAUACACACUGGGCAUCCACCUCCACGAAACCAACACAGCCUUUGGGGGCGACGAGGGCUUAUCUAGAGAACGUGCGUGGAAGUCAUUGCGGGUCUGUGAUUUGUUCUUGGCUGCCUCCUUGGGGAGACCGCCGGCGACGUCCGAGUCUGUCUCCAACAUUGCUAUGACACCAAUUAAAUCACUGCCCGACUACGAGAGUCCCGGCGUUGCUGGCCAAGUCUUCUCUGCCAUGUUCCGGAUCUGCAACGUCUUUGAGAGGAUACUGGUCGAGGUGUAUGCGGAAAAGGCCGUCAGCCUCGAGUUGGCCAAAAGCAUCUCGCGGCAGCACCGGCAAUGGACAGAGGAGCUGCCCCAAAUGCUCAUGGUAGAUGGCUUGGAGCAUGCCGACUCAAACGGCUCUGGCCUGUCGCCCCGCAGUUUUGGGCUGGAGCUCAAGCACGGCUCCAGCCUUGUGACGAUGGCGUAUUACUAUUCUAUUGUGCUGCUCACAAGGCCGUUUUUGACCUUUCAAGUUUACCACGCGUCAAGCAAGGAACUCAAUGAUGAUAGCUCUACGGCCAGGGCAUCUAUUGCGACCUACGCCGAUGCUUGUGUUAAUUCGGCUAUCAAAGGCAUCGACAUUGCAUACGAGUAUGUCUUUGAGCUGAACACUCCCAAGCGGCAGCCUCAUGUCAUCAACAGUGUCUUCAUAUCAGUUCUAUGUCUUGGACUGGCAUGUCUAGACUCGUCAAUUCGUCACAAAUGGCCAACGGAUGACGCCAUGGAUCGGGCUAUCAAGAUUCUGGCUCAUCUGGGGAAGCAUAGUACUCAAGCCUCUCGAUAUGCCACCAUUUGCGGCCAAUUAAAAGAAGCAGCCUUCAUAUACACCACCAGAAGGGCUGAUACGUUACUUGAAGAGAACAACCAGAAGACACGGACUAUAUUUGGCGAUAUACGAGCGCCAUCGAAGAAUCACGACGUUGGUGAAGACACGAUCGAAAGUAUCACCUCUCCUCAACGGUCCAGCUGGAGCCUGCCGACAGACGAGGGCAUCGGCCACCCGAUGACACCUCACUCGUUUGACUUCAGCACAAUGCAAGACGAGUUCAUGCUACCCACAUCAGGUGUUUUGCCUGCACAGAUUCUUUCUCAUGGCUACGAGCAUUUUGACACAGACGUGGUGUUCCGUUAUUCCCCGUAA